CCUCUUACAACUUCAGUUGAUUCAGCCAAGCGGGUACCAACAGACGGGUCGACAGUUGGCCCCCAGCUAAACUGUUAUUUCCAAACUUCGGGGCUAAACUCAAACGUUUAAAUUCACCUCCGCCCGUCCCCGUUAAGUCCGAAAAAUUAAUCAAACCAAUUGUCGAAAAGUUGAAUUAAACCGUCAAAAUGGUCGCGAAAGACCCGAGGAAGGAGUUGGUGACGGAGUCGAUGAACCCGUACGAGAAACCGCCCAGUGUGACUACAAGACAGUCUAUUAGAAAUUUUCUUUAUAAUCCACAAACUGGUGCGAUUUUGGGAAGGACACCCAGUAGUUGGGGAAAAAUCGGUAUAUUCUACUUGAUCUUCUACGGAGUCCUCGCUGCCUUAGUCGCCAUCUGCUUUUUCAUAUUCUUCCAAACUCUGGAUCCAAGAGUUCCAAAGUGGCAGCUAGAAAGAUCCAUGAUUGGUACAAAUCCAGGAUUGGGAUUUAGGCCAAUGCCGCCAGAGGACAACGUCGAGAGUACGCUGAUCUGGUUCAAGGGCAGCAAUGCAACAAAUUACGAUUACUGGGUUACGUCGCUGAAAAAGUUUCUCGCGGACUACAAGAAGCCGGGUUCUUCCCCUGGUCGUGGUCAGAACGUCGUAAACUGUGAAGAUGGUAAAAAAAUAGCAUUUGGACAAGUCUGUGUGGUAAACGUGCGAGACUGGCAUCCCUGCACUGAGGAAAAUUUCUUCGGAUAUCACACCUCGAGUCCGUGCAUCUUCCUGAAGCUGAAUAAAAUUUACGGAUGGAUGCCAGAAUACUACAACAGCACUCAAGACCUUCCCAGAAAAAUGCCAGAGGAGCUGAAGGGAACGAUCCGUCAAUUAGUGCAACAAAACUCACUGCAAUUGAACACGAUAUGGGUCUCGUGUGAGGGAGAAAAUCCUGCUGAUCAGGAAAAUAUUGGACCUAUCAAGUACUAUCCAAAGCAGGGAUUCCCUGGUUACUAUUAUCCAUAUUUCCACAGUGACGGAUACCUCAGUCCCCUCGUUGCUGUCCAGUUCGAACGUCCGCGAGCGGGAAUUCUCAUCAAUGUCGAGUGCAAAGCUUGGGCCAGGAAUAUCAAGCACCACAGGAACGACAAAUUAGGCUCAGUACAUUUCGAGCUCUUGAUUGAUUAAUUCAAUCGCAGAGUUCAAUCAAACGUUCCUCAUCAUGCACUUUGUGAGAUUAAAGUCAAUUAAAAAAAAGAACAUGGGAAUCUCAAAGAAUCCUGGAAAUUGAGGUCUGAGGAAUGAACGCUAUUCACGCUAUUUUUUCCGAAGUGCCUUAUUUUUUAUGCCAACAUACUGUUAAGUGAACCAUCUCACCCAAAGUCUGAACAAAUAUCAAUCCUACUAGAGCCAAUUAUUGAAAUUUCAUCACCGAAACUGUCAGAGAAAUUGGAGCAGCUUUUAGAGAAUCUCAUCCUCAUACUGAAUCGAAAUUCAAUGAUAUUAAUUGUGUAAUUUAUAUACGUAUUGUCGUCACAUUAAUUGUAAAUACCUGAUGAAGGACAAAAAAUUUGAUAUGGAAUUUAUAACAAAUGGAGUCUAUUUAUGAUAUCAGCUGUGAAGUGGUACAACGCAACAAGUGGAUUCUCCGGUCUUGCUGGGGUGGAACUAUUUCGAUGAUGAACAGUUUUUGGAGAACAUUUAACAAUGAUUUUUUCACAUUUUUCUAUAAUGAAUGGUUUGCGCGAGGAAUGCACAAUUUUUUAAAAUGCAAAAAUGCAAAAUUUGUUGACGUUUUAUCACUUCACCACAGAAUUAACUUCGUUUUAUCUCUGAGUGAAUAGUUUGUAGUUUUUUCGAUAAUAUACAACGUAUUUGUCUUCUUGAAUAUCGUGUGUCACGAUUGAUCUGGUAGAUCUGUGAUUUGUACCAUACAUAUGAAACUCCCCGAAAAAAAAAUUGUGUUUUUAAAACUGAAACAGCGUCUUUGAAAUUAACACUCCAUGCACGUUUACAUAUGAGAAUAUAUAUCAUUUAUUAUUUAGGUAGAAAAUAUUGUUGCCGAUUUUUUGGAAUGGAAAUAAUAUUUUAAGAAAUAAAAAAAUCUACUGCCAUCGAAAAUUAUUGUUUGUA